AUGUGUAUUAAGAUUGUGGCCACCAAUUGGAGUAUUUGUGGUGUUUGUGAAAAUCUUCAGAUUACCAAACAGUCAGUAGUCUGGUGUUCCGAAUGUGACGAAGGACUAUGUGGAGAGUGUAAGAAUCAUCACGCGGUUUCCAAGGCAUCAAAAAGUCAUGAAACCGUUUUUAUCACCGAAUACAAAAAGCUACCGACCGAAGUCCUCCAAAUCGCUCAGACCUGCAAACUUCAUAUUGAGAAAUUCGAACUUUUCUGUAGAAAACACGAUUGUCCAUGCUGUAAGAAAUGUGUGAAAUCUCACAACGAUUGUAAAAGUUUAACCGACAUAAAUGAACUCACAAAGAACAUCAAAACUUCAAACGCCUUUUACGAAUUCGAACAAAUCCUGCUGGAAGUCAUCGAGAAUAUUAAACGACUCAAUACUAACCGGAAAGAAAAUUUAACAUUGCUAGAAAACAAGAAAAGAGAAAUUGUAGCAGAAAUAAAACAAACCAGGAUAAAUGUAAAUCACCACCUUGAUAAACUUCAGGAUGACUUGAUUAAAGAAUUAAUGAGAGUUGAACAAAAAGAAAAAAGCAAAAUAGAAAAAUUGUUGACUACUCUGAAAACGAAGGAAAAAGAGAUCACUGAAGUACAAGAAAACAUUGCUAGUAUUAAACAGCAUGCCUCCGAACUUCAAACAUUUUUAACCAUUAAAAAUAUCGAAAAAGAUAUUGCAGGCGAAGAAAAAUUCAUUCAAUCGAUUACCACAAGCGACACCACAAAUCAAAUCAAUAUUUCAUGCCAAAUUAACAAGUCUUUACAGCAAAUAACAGCCAGCGUACAAAAGUUUGGAGAAAUUAAUGUCAGUUCUGAUCAAUGUGAUUUUUCCAUUCAGAAACGGAAGGACAGACAAUCCCAGAUUAUGGUAGCUCUUCCAACCAGAAAUAUCAAAAAUCUGAGUCUAACAUUACAGAAACGUAUCAAUACAGAGUUGUCAGAGGUAUAUGGUUGUUCACUACUUCCUGGUGAUAUGAUGGUAUUCUCCUCUUCUUUUGACGAUAGAAUAAGAGUACUCAAAUCAGACGGAUCAAAAGAUUUCGAAAUAAAGACAAUUCGUCAAACGUUUGAUGUGGUAUUUAUUGGUAAUGAUUCUAUUGCUGUAACAUCCAGCAAUUCAAAUCAGAUUAGUAUAAUCGACUUAAAGAAGCAAAAACUGAAGAAAUCGAUAAAAGUAAAUUCAUACAAUGGUGGAGUAGUAUACAAUGAUGGACAUUUGAUUUAUUGUGCCAGGGAGAAAGGAAUACAGAUGAUCAGUCUGUGUGACGAAACCGUUACUAAUAUUACCAAUACCAAACUCACAGAAUAUUCGUACGUUACAAAAUUCGGUGACAAACUAUUCUACACAAACAGCGACAAUGACAGUGUAACCUGUUGUGAUUACCAUGGUAACAUACUGUGGACGUUCUGUGAUACAAGUGUUCAUGCUGUAUCCACUAGGUAUCUCUGUAGACAAUGAUGGUAACGUGUUUGUAGCGGGUUGUUGUUCUGACAAUGUGGUCGUCAUCUCUCCUGAUAGACAACGCUACAGACAACUCUUAUCAAAGGAAGAUGGACUGAGAUACCCACAGGCUCUGUAUUAUGACACAUCUACCAAUGAAUUGCUAGUUGCAAAUGAAUCCGAUGAAGCAUUUUUGUAUGAUGUUAAAUGAUAAGAAACGAAGGUUGACUUUUUUUUAAAUCCGGCUUACCUUAUUUAAGUUGACCUUAUUUAACAUUUUGUUGAUCUAGAUUACCAACAUUGUUUUAAAUUAAUCAUUUUAAUUCAAUCAGA